CUCGUUCGAGGACACCGUCCGGUGAUGGAGAAAGAUUUCGUCGCGCAGGUGAAAAGGGCUGUGAGAAAUCAGGGACCAAUCGGUGGGCGGGAUCUGGGAAGAGAGAGGCCGAGAGAAUGGCGAUUGGUGUACUUUCAGGCUGAGCGUGUCGUGCCACCACACCGCCGUUGCGUCUUGUCCGAAUCAGCCAGCGACUCCAACAGCUGGGACCGGUGGAAAGAGGGAAAAAAUCCCUGGGCUGUUGCGUGAGUGGUCGACGGACCUGAUGCUCAAACGGGAGGCGGAGAAGGGUGAAGAUCUCCUAAUGAAGUCUUCAUGCACGGCCGUGAGUACCGUCGCGUACCGUCCCACAGUCCCACUGCACAUCCCACGGCACGGCACCCUUCCUGCUGGGGCCCCUGCAAGCACAAAUCGGGCGGCGGUGAUGCAGGGAUGUCAAGAGUUUGUGCAUUAUCUUCCCGUCAGCCGUCUUACUAUCAUUCCCGUCAUCCGUCUCAGACAUAGAACUAAUCGUGCGAGUAAUCGAGACAAACUUCAAAUUGGAUUUGUCCAAGAUCGUCUCACAUCUUCCGUCGUUUGCUCGUCUCGUCACUCACCCAACCCCCCAACAGCCAGUCACCCGGACAAGAAUGUCUUGUCAAUGCGGGGUCACUAUCACGUACUUUACACGCCUUCUUCCACUGAAAACUUUCUGGGCCGGCGGGUAGAGCCGCUGCCAUUGGCUGAUGAUGCAGGAGUUCGCAGUUCAAUCCGGUUAGCGGAUGUGAUGCCCUCCCACCGACGCUCUAUCCGAACUUCAAUUGCGUAAUUACCAGUAUCGUAUUGCGAAACGGUUAUGUAUGGUGGUUCUGAAUUGUGCAAGUCCAAAUUGACAGAAGAUGUAUGUGCGAUUUGGUGGUCGACGGCGCAAGUGUCGAGACUGUCAGAUGCUCAAUACCUUAGAUAUAAGAACCUGGAAGUGAAUGCGUAUUCUUAAUGUUAGAAGAACAGAAAGCAGGCAUUUCAUGCGUAUUCUACUGAAACAUUACACUCCCGGAAUUACUGUACUAGUAUCGUAACUGUACCCCA